UUGUAGGUGCGAGCGUCUUUGUGCGGCGGACAAAUGGGGAGAGGACGAGGAGGUGGGCACUCCUCCGGCGACGUAAGCUCCACAUCAGCUCAACUGCACUCGUCUCGCACAGGCCGCCCGCUCACUUCCCGCGGAGGCGCUCCCGGGCGCCGCGCUCCGCGGCCGCCGCCCGCCUCCGCCCGCCCCCGCCCGCCACCGCGCACCCCCGCCCCGCCGCGCCGGGCCUCCUCCUCGCCAGGGCGGCGCUGGGCCGGCGGGCCGCUCCGGACACCGCGGCUGCUCGGCUCCCCGGCCGCCCCGCGCUGCGCACGGGGCUGGAUGGUUGCAUCGGGCGCGGUGGCUCCAGGAUGUUAGGGGCUGUGAAGAUGGAAGGGCAUGAGAGCAGCGACUGGAACAGCUACUACGCGGACACGCAGGAGGCCUACUCCUCGGUCCCGGUGAGCAACAUGAACUCGGGCCUGGGCUCCAUGAAUUCCAUGAACACCUACAUGACCAUGAACACCAUGACCACCAGCGGCAACAUGACCCCGGCCUCUUUCAACAUGUCCUACGCGAACCCGGGCCUGGGCGCGGGCCUGAGCCCCGGCGCGGUGGCGGGCAUGCCGGGCGGCUCGGCGGGGGCCAUGAACAGCAUGACGGCGGCGGGCGUGACGGCCAUGGGCACGGCGCUGAGCCCGGGAGGCAUGGGCGCCAUGGGCGCGCAGCCCGCCGCCUCCAUGAACGGCCUGGGCCCCUACGCGGCCGCCAUGAACCCCUGCAUGAGCCCCAUGGCGUACGCGCCGUCCAACCUGGGCCGCAGCCGCGCGGGGGGCGGCGGGGGCGACGCCAAGACCUUCAAGCGCAGCUACCCGCACGCCAAGCCGCCCUACUCGUACAUCUCGCUCAUCACCAUGGCCAUCCAGCAGGCGCCCAGCAAGAUGCUGACGCUGAGCGAGAUCUACCAGUGGAUCAUGGACCUCUUCCCCUACUACCGGCAGAACCAGCAGCGCUGGCAGAACUCCAUCCGCCACUCGCUGUCCUUCAACGACUGCUUCGUCAAGGUGGCGCGCUCCCCGGACAAGCCGGGCAAGGGCUCCUACUGGACGCUGCACCCGGACUCGGGCAACAUGUUCGAGAACGGCUGCUACCUGCGCCGCCAGAAGCGCUUCAAGUGCGAGAAGCAGCCGGGCGGCGGGGGCGCGGGCGGCAGCGCCAAGGGCGGCCCGGAGAGCCGCAAGGACCUCGCGGGCGCGGGCGCCACUCCGGGCGCAGACUCGCCGCUGCACCGGGGCGCGCACGGCAAGGCGGGCCAGCUAGAGGGCGCGCCCGCGCCGGGGCCCGCGGCCAGCCCGCAGACGCUGGAGCACGGCGGGGCGCCGGCGGCAGGGGGCGCCUCGGAGCUGAAGACGCCGGCCUCGGCGGCCGCGCCCCCCAUCAACUCCGGGCCGGGGGCGCUCGUGUCGGUCCCUCCCUCCCACCCGGCGCACGGCCUGGCGCCCCACGAGUCCCAGCUGCACUUGAAGGGGAACCCCCACUACUCGUUCAACCACCCUUUCUCCAUCAACAACCUCAUGUCCUCCUCGGAGCAGCAGCACAAGCUGGACUUCAAGGCUUACGAGCAGGCGCUCCAGUACUCGCCCUAUGGCGCCGCGCUGCCCGCCAGCCUGCCGCUGGGCAGCGCCUCCGUGGCCGCCAGGAGCCCCAUUGAGCCCUCGGCCCUGGAGCCAGCGUACUACCAAGGUGUGUAUUCCAGACCCGUCCUAAACACUUCCUAGCUCCCCAGGACGGGGAGAGGGGAGGGGUCUGGCAUGACCAUGGGAGUAGGGGAGGAAAGAAAAUUAAAAUAUAUAUUCCAAAAAAAAGGGAAAAGAAGAAAAAAAAAAAAAACGACAAACAAAACCACCACAUUCCAAGACCACGACAGCAUAGCGAAAUCAUCCCAGUUGUUUCCCCUUCUUUCGUUUGGGUGCACGGUAUCCCCCUCCGACUCCCACUCCCACUUCCACCGCCACCAGUGCGAAGGACUGUUACUUUGUUAUUGUAUUCAGAAUGCCUUGUGUAUAUUACUACAACGAAAACCACCACCAACAAAAAUCUUCCUGCAAAGUUUAAUGAUUCACACGUGUAUAUAUAUAUAAUCCUACUUCCUCGUGCCUCUUCCUUUCUUCCCUCUUUCACCUCCGUACACAUUCCCACGCUAAGCAGGGUUUAUUUAAAAAAGAGAGAAAGAAAGAAAGAAAGAUGGUCACAUGUAUAAGGUAUAUAUAUAUAUAUCUGUGCUUUUAAUUUUCUCUUCUCAUUUGACCCCUUCUCUCCAACUCUCCCUCCCCACCACCACCACCACACAACACGCGUUUACAGGUCUAUGGCAAUACUCAAACCUUCAGAACUGAAAAGGUGAAGAAAUAAGGAGACAUUAGGGGCUGUGGAAAGGACUGAAUGCAGUUAGGCGGCACAACAUAGAACAUCAGAACCAUUUAUUUUGAAGUUACAUUUCGGAUACACGCAGAUAGUAGAAGUCUUCAACUGAGCUAUCAGGUAGGCUCUUACACACAUACUCAGAUAUGCAGACUUCCUCCCUGUGUUAGAUUUGAUACACAUGCUCCAUUUCCAAGAGUUGCCUGACCAAGAAGUUACAAAGACCCCCCUCCAUCCCACCCACAUACAGUUCCAGGUUGUCAGUUUCUUCCAGAAUUUACCUCCUCAAUAACUCUGCUCCUUGCUUUGCAGAGUGCUAUGGUCAUGUCAUUCUGAGGUCAUGUAACAUGUAUAAAAUUGACUUCUAUGUAUCUAUACCAGUUCAGUGAUAUUUUUUUUCAGAGAAAAAAAAAAGGAAUAUUGCAAUACUGGAGGAGUGAUAAGUUACAGGGAGGUAGGUGUAUUUCACAUUGUGACCUAAGAUUCCAAACUCUAAUUGAUUGUGGCCAUUUUCAUUAUUGCCAUUGUGUGCUUGUUUCAUUCAGUGUUAAUGCACUUUUCACAGUUGGACAUGGUGUUAGUAUAGCCAGACGGGUUUCAUUAUUAUUCUCUCUUUGCUUUCUCAAUGUUAAUUUAUUGCAUGGUUUAUUCUUCUUUUCUUUACAGCUGAAAUUGCUUUAAAUGAUGGUUAAAAUUACAAAUUAAAAUGUUAUUUUAUCAAUGUGAUUGUAAUGAAAAUAUUUUGAUUUAAAUAACAAAAUAUGGUAAAUUUAAAGCCGUGGAAUUUGUUCUUGAUCAUUUGCAGUUAAGGACUUUAAAUAAAUCAAAUGGUAACAAACAAGAAUUUCUCUUAUUUUACUGAAUUCAACCCUAAAUAGAUUUCCUGAAUAUGAUAGUUUAAACGUCUGACAGUGAGUAUACCUGACAAAAAGGAAAAUAAUAUAAAACAAAAUCAGUUUUUGAUGUUUGUUAUGUGAACAUAUAGCAAGUGAAAAAGCUGUUAAAUGAAUAAAAGUGGACAGAUAAAUUAAUUUGCAA